AUGCGGACGCCGAUUCCGCUUUUGAUCCUACUGUCAGUUGGAGGAUACGCGGAAAUCAAUUCAUCAGCCGAUUUGAACUGCGACUUCUCGACGACGUGCCACUGGAGAAACGCAAGCGGUUCAGAAGACAGCGGUGAAUGGAUCGUGAGCAAUCGAUAUGAAGGAGAUCCGCUACAUUUGAUCACAACGAGGAGGGCAGGCGAUGGCUUCUUCGCUUACACAAAUGGCUUUAUGGGAAGAACGACUGCAUUGUUGGUGUCCGAAGUCGUGUCUUGCCAAAUUGGAGGAGGCAACAUCAAGUACUGGUACUUCAAAACUGGUAUUGAAUCGCAGCUGGAAAUAUGCACACGACAACCACCAGGAAGUAAAGACCUCAAUGCGCUCAAUCUUCAACCUGAUGCAGCAGGUCCAGUGGGGAACGAUGGAGCAUUUGGACAAGCGCCUCCUCUCCUCAAUAGUCAAGCCAUAGGAGCAUCACAGGAUCUCCGCCGAUCACCUCCAGUGGCCGCUUCCCACUUCUACAACACAGAUCCGGUAUCUCCGCCUUCACCUCAUCCUGAACCGAAAAUUUCGAACAGCGGUGCAGAGCAAAGCGCUGGAGGAAGUUUCGCUUCAGAAGAAGUCACCGGCUCAAAAUUGGUGGGAUUCAGCGAAGGAAAUGACUUUUGCAACUACGUGACCAGUGUUAGCGAACACGACAAAGUUAAUGGAUCUCUUCGGGAGUGGUCAAUGUCUUCGGCUGCCGUAUUGAACUCGCUUACCGGAGUACCUCAUGAUCUCACAAAAACUGGCUCGUUCAUCUACGCUGGUGGCACUACCGUCUCCCCAGAAGAUACAUUUAUCCUGUCCACUAAACUACCGGUAGAAUUGAAAGAAGCCGCUCGUCUGGACUUUUUCGUCUAUCAAGCAGGGAUAAAAGGGCGCCUACAAGUAUGUCUUAACACCAUCAACAACUGUGCACUCAACAUAAAAGGAAGCACUAUCGAUAACCGGGCUCGAAAAUGGAAGAACUAUCAUGUUCCGGUGACGACAACUACACAUGCAAUCCACUUCGUAGCCGACGAACUACAACAACUACGCCAUCGGACUGGACCACAUCCAGUUGCUUAA